AUCUGUUCAGUCUUCACCCUUCCCUCUUCCAGAUUCACUCUCGGGCCUCGGCGACUCCACCCACACGGCCACACAAAAAAAACCCAGAGUCCCGAAGACCCUAACCCGCGCGGUCACGCCGCGGCUCUCCUCUUAGCUCCAGGCUCUCAGCUCUCACUCUCUCAAGUCUCAAUCCUCUCCUCUCCUUAGACGACUCUGGUGCGCUGCUACGCCGCGGCCCGCGGCUCUCCUCUCAGCUCUCACUCUCUCAAUCCUCUCCUCUCUAGCUCUCCUCUGGUGCGUUGCUACGUGCCACGGUGCCGGUGCUCCUUGAGCUUCCUCACGGUCCUGGAUCAAGCUCCCUCACGAUCCACAGACGCAGAUCUACCCUUAUAUCGCAGAGGACAGAGGUGGAGCCGUGGAGGGUUCGCUUGUGUGACCCAUUAAAUAUCGACCUGUUUAUAAUUCGGCCGUUUAUAGCUCGGCCCGUUGGUGACCCGGACCCCCGUUUUGCCACCCCAUUUUUAGCGCAGAACACUCGCAAACUGCAGAGCACUCGCGAAGCCCUAAUUCCUGAGUACAGUUUUAAGGUCUAGUUUCAGGUCGCGUACCUUGCAUUCUCCAUCAUUCCAGUGUAGACGUUAACCAAGGCCAUGAAAGGAGGAAGGAAGAAUCUAAAGAGGGCGGCUAAGGAUAAGACCCUGUCUCUUCAAGAAGGCCAAAGCAUAAUGCAAGUCGUGUCUCUUCGAGGUUCCAAUCUCAUCGAGGUAAUGGAUGUGCAAGGUGAGAAAUCAUUGGCAUUAUUUCCAGCAAAAUUUCAAAAGAGCAUGUGGAUAAAACGAGGGAGUUUUGUUGUGGUUGAUGAAAGUGGUAAGGAGAAGGCUCUUGAGACGGGCAGCAAGGUGGCGUGUAUUGUUUCUCAAGUGCUCUUUUAUGAACAAGUUCGUGUGCUUCAGAAAUCUCCAGAGUGGCCAGAAAUCUUCAAUUCCACAACACUGGAAGACAGUAACGGAGACUUGCACGCACACACGGCCAACGUAGAAGAGAAUGCUGCUAACUCCAGUGAUGACGAAGGGCUCCCUCCAAUUGAAGCCAAUAUGAACCGAAUCAAGCCACUUGAGUUGCAAUGUAAUGCAGGGGUAGAUUCAGAUUGUGAUUCUGAAUCUGGCUGAUUCUUAAUAUUGCUGAUUUCUGUAACUGUAACAUUUAAAUUUUGUAUGGGCAUAGAUGAAUAAUCUAAACUUGUAAUGCAGCUUAUGGAAUUUUUGUGUAUAUCCAUAUCCCUAGAGCAUAGAUAUGGCAUUUAAAUAUUUUGAGUCU